AUGCCCGUCGAUACUCGGCAGACGGAUACGCCGCACUCGUGUCCGAAUGAGGCGGCCCCCACCGGGCCCAACUCGGCAAUUGGCCUCGUCGACGAAGAUGAAGUCGUCGACGAAACCACAGCUCUGCUCCGGACGAAGACAUCCGGAACGAUCAAUGGAUCUUUGCUGGAUUCUCAGACUGACGCGUCGCAGGGGGACGAGCCACACGCAGAGGAUAGACCACUGCCGAAGACUCAGGUAUUGUUGCUCUGCUUUGCGCGGGUAAUUGAACCGUUGGCAUUCUUCUCCAUCUUCCCAUAUGUGAACCAAAUGGUCCAGGAGAAUGGCUCAAUCAAGGACACGGACGUUGGAUUCUAUAGCGGUCUGAUCGAAUCAUUGUUCUCAUUGACACAGGCCAUUGUGAUGAUCUAUUGGGGUCGAGCAGCGGAUCGGAUUGGCCGCAAGCCCGUCUUGGUGUAUUCCUUGUUCGGGGUCACGCUUGCUACAGGACUGUUCGGCUUCGCAAAGACGAUACCGCAGAUGAUCCUCUUCCGAUGCAUUGCGGGCGUCUUUGCUGGAACCAUUGUGACGAUUCGCACCAUGGUUGCCGAGCAUAGUACGUCCAAGACCCAGGCGCGAGCUUUCAGCUGGUUUGCUUUCAGUGGGAACUUGGGGAUCUUCCUCGGUCCAUUGAUGGGAGGAGCUCUAGCUGAGCCUGCCACUCAGUAUCCCGGAGUUUUUGGCGGUGUGAAGUUCCUGGAGAAAUACCCCUAUGCAUUGUCCAGUUUAGUGGUGGCUCUCGUUGGUGGCAUGGCCGCCAUCAUCAGUGCAGUCUUUAUCGAAGAGACUUUGAAAAAGGAGCCGCUCAUCGCGAAUGAGGCAGAAGACGGAGAAGCCGGACAGCAAACCCCAUCAAAUCGCCGUUACACUCUCACGACUCGGGAGCUGAUCAAAUCACCCGGCGUCGGCAUGGUUCUCUACGUCUACGGCCACAUCAUGACCCUGGCGUUUGCUUACACGGCCAUCGUCCCAGUCUUCUGGUUUACCCGCAUUGACCUUGGUGGCUGGGGAUUCACGCCUUUACAAAUCUCGCUGAUGAUGGGACUGAACGGUGCUGCGCAAGCAUGUUGGCUCUUGCUGGUCUUCCCUCCCCUACAGCACCGCAUCGGCACAAAGGGUGUGAUUCGUCUCUGCGCACUCGUCUACCCCUUCUUCUUCCUGACCUGUGUCGUCGGUAAUCUCCUCCUACGCGCCGGAACCGAAGCCUCGACCAAGGCCUUUUGGGUAUUGGCGCCGAUCAUGCUUGCCAUUGGCUGCGGCGUCAGUAUGAGUUUCACCGCAAUCCAGCUCUCGCUAAAUGAUGUGUCUCCUUCGCCGCAGGUUCUGGGACUUUUGAAUGCUAUGGCAUUGACGGGUGUGAGUACAUUAAGAGCGUUUUGUCCAGCGCUGUUUUCGAGUCUGUUUGCUGUGCAGCUGAACUUGCAAUUGGUGCAUGGGUAUGCUAUAUGGAUAUUUUUGGCCGUGCUGGCUUCUGGGUUGUCCGUAGCUGCAAAGUAUUUGCCCGAGCCCCCGGAGCGGAGAUGA